AUGGGACUCAGGCCAGAGACCAACACCACGACCCCCGCAGGGGCUGAGCCUGUCCUUCGACUCAUCUUUGCUGGCUUCUGUGGCCUCAUCCUGCUGGUGGGGUUUGUGGCCAACGGUUUCAUGCUGCUGGUGGUGGGCCGGGGCCCGGGCAGCCCCCGCCCACUCCUCGCCUUGACUAACAGCCUCAUGGUGAACAUUACGCUAUCCGAUCUGCUCUUCCUGGCCUUCGUGGUGCCAGUGCUGAUGCUUAGCUUCCUGCGGCCCGAUUGGUGGCUGGGCCCAGCCAUCUGCACCAUCAGCCAGGCUGCCAACAAUGCCACCAGGUUCUGCACCUUCUACAGCAUGGUGGCCACAGCCCUGCUGCGCCACGCUGCAGUGGCCCAUCCACACAUAGCCCUCCCGGCCAGCGCCGCUGCUCGCCUACUACUCUGUGGGGCCAUGUGGGUCCUGGGCCUCACUGCGUCACUGCCCAACUGGCUGUUCCAGAGAGUGGUGAGGUCAGGGCCGGGAACCCAGGCCUGUCUCCUGCUCCUGAAUCCCGCACAGACCUCCUGCUACUUCACCCUGCUGGGGGCCCUGGCCUUCCUGCCUUGCAUGCUGGGGCUGGGCUGCUCUUUCAGCCAUGUGGGCUGGCUGCUGAGGACUCAUCCUUGUGGGCCCACAGGGGAGAGCAUACGGGAGCAUCGCGAGAACACAGGGCUCAUCCUCAUUGUGCUGGUGGUCUUCGUGCUGAUGUGGGGCCCCUGCUCCGUGCUGGGCUAUCUGUCGGCUGAGGGGGGCCUGCCCGACACCCUGGGGAGUUUUGUGGCUUCCAGCCUCUGCACAAUCUUGGCCUAUUCCAACUGUGCCGCCUCAGGGCCCUCCUCAGCUCACCAUGGGCUGGCAGACCUCUCAGAGGCAGGGGAGGAGCUGCUGUGGGGACAGAGGGUGUCCCGCCUGGUAGGGACAUGGCCCCUGACAGAGCAUAUCCCACUUGGCCGGGACAAGACCCUGGAGGUCUUUGUGUGGGAAGACUCAGGCCCAGAGGGGGAAGGCUUCUAA